UACUCUUAGAGAUAACAUAUAUCUAGGGUGUCAUUUGGGUGAGACUGUCACUCCGGAGGAAAUUGUCAGCAGAUCACCAUGCUGAAGCUUGGGAUAUUUUGUGUCGCCAUAGGUGUGGCACUGGCAGCUAACUCGUAUGUGGUAGUGCUGCCGAAGGUAGUCCGGCCAGGAUUUAAUCUGAACGUUGGCGUGAAUAUCUUGCGCGCAGAAAGUGACGUCACCGUGGUCGCUUCGCUAGUCAACUCCGCCACCAAGGCGCCCGUUGGUACUGUUACGGCAACAGUGAAGAAAGAAACACCAAAGACUUUAACUAUAUCUGUUCCACGAUCACUGCCUGUGAGCAAGUACCUCGUGACCGUCAGCGGCCAUGGAGGCCUUGUCUUCAAAAACUCCACCAACGUUGAGUUCAACUCUAAAGGCACUGCCGUCUUUAUCCAAACGGACAAGGCGAUGUACAAACCCGGACAAACAGUUAACUUCCGGGCAUUCAGCGUAUAUCCAGAUCUAAAGCCAUACACUGGUACCUUCACAGUGGAAAUAUACGAUCCUAACUCCAACAAAAUCAAACAAUGGAUUGAUCUCAAGGAUCCAUCCAGUGUGGUCACCAAGAAAUUUACCCUCUCUGACCAGCCUGUGCUCGGAGACUGGAAGAUUAAAGUUUCUGCCAAUAACCAGGGAGAGGACAAGGUGUUCAGAGUUGCUGAGUACGUUUUGCCCAAAUUUAAGGUCAGCGUCAAUCUUCCAGCUUUUGGACUUACACGUGAUAAACGUCUAACAGGGAGCGUGGAGGCGACGUACACAUAUGGGAAACCGGUCAGUGGCACAGCUCAUAUUAGAAUCAAGGACUCCCGUUGGUACAGACCUUACAAGUUUACAGGAUCGCAGCCAAUGGCAGAAAGCGAUACUUCAGUUGUGAAUGGGAAGGGCAGUUUCGAUUUCGUAUGGUCAGACCUCCAGAAGACUUUGGGUAAUACUGGCCGAGCUCGGCUUUUGACAGUCGAGGUCAACGUGACCGACAGCCUGACAGGGUCCACCAUGAACGGCUCCAGCGAGAUACAGUACUACACGCACGGAGUGAAGCUGGAGUGGCUCAAAUCCAACCCGAAGAACUUCAAACCAGGACUGGAGUAUACCGCUUAUCUAAAACUUUCCAAGCCCGAUGGUUCUUUGCUGGAUGGACUGAAAAAAGACGUCAGCAUCUACACUUCAGUGACAUACAACCUACCGGAUAACAGCACUACGACGCCGUACCCUUACUACAUGCCCAGAACGGGCACUUACAAACUGCCGGUCCAGAACGUGACGGUUCCUGACAACGGCUUGGUGGCUGCCAAGAUCGUAACCCCUGACAACGCCACUCGUCUCUCUUUACAGGCUCAUUAUCCGGAUGGCCAAGACGCUUAUGUUUCUAUUGAGAAGAUGUAUUCACCAUCUGACAGUUACAUCCAGACUUUCCUGAAGUCAUCCAGAUUGUCUGCUGGUCAAUUGGCAGAGUUCCAGCUGAAAUCAACAUCACCUCUGACUACGGUAGUGUACCAGAUCCUGUCACGUGGUGUAAUUGUUACCACUGGGACUGUGAACGGGCAGAACUCCAAAUCAGUCUCCUUCAAUGUACGAGUCACCUCGGCCAUGGCACCGAACGCUCGUAUCCUGCUUUAUUUCGUGCGUGAGGAUGGAGAGAUUGUGACUGACAGUAUCUCCUUCAAUGUGGAAGGCCUUUUCGCAAACCAGGUGUCUGUCCAUUUUAACAAAGCCAAGGCGGAGCCCGGACAGGAUGUUGACGUCAUCGUAUCAGCCGAUGCUAACUCUGUAGUGAACCUUCUGGCCGUAGACCAAAGCGUCAUUCUGCUCAAGUCUGGAAAUGACAUCACACCCACACAGGUGAAGGAGGCUGUAGGGCUUUUCGACACCGUGAAGCCAAACUAUCCCAUCUUUGAGCCGUUCUUAGGUGGUGGCAUGGUGCGGGAGAAGCGAAUGAUCUGGUGGCCUUACCCAUACUAUUACGGCGGCAAUGAUGCUGAGGAUAUAUUCAGAAAUGCUGGAGUUCUCGUCCUCACAGAUGCUCUUGUAUUCCACCACGACGAACCAGUAUACUUCUUUCCGGAGAUGGCUAUGGCAGGAGGAAUGGUGCCCACUGGGGCAAUAGGGGCCGGAAACAAAGGUUCGUCUAAACUAAAGGAGGUGUCCAAAAUUCGACAAGACUUCCCAGAAACGUGGUUAUGGACGGACACAACAAUAGGCAUAUAUACCUAUAACUACGCAGACAUCUAUCCGGAGAUGGCCUUCGGAGGAAUGGUGAACUCUGGGGGAAUAGGGGCGGGGAACAAAGGUCCAGCCCCACCCAUCUGGGAUUUCCUGGAGUCUGUUAAGGUAGUCCCCGGGGGUCAGGCCCAAGUGGUGAGUAAAGCAGGCCCAGGGUUAAAAGAGGUAUCCAGAGUAAGGAAAGUCUUUCCGGAAACAUGGCUCUGGACGUCCCAGAAUGUUGGAACUAAUGGCACUGCCAGGAUAUCAGCAGUGGUUCCGGAUACGAUAACAUCUUGGGUAGCUAGCGCAUUUGCUGUCAACCCCGUUAGUGGACUAGGAGUGGCGCCAAGUACAGCUCAGAUUGAAGCUUUUCGACCAUUUUUCGUGAGCUUGAAUUUGCCUUACUCUGUGGUAAGAGGAGAGCAAGUCGUCCUCCAGGCUAUCGUGUUUAACUACUUGACUGUUGAUCUGGACGUGCUCGUAACGCUUGGAGAAUCUGAAAACUACCGGAACCUGGUUGUGGAUGCUUUAGGGCACACCAAAGUGACAACCAGUGCACAGACGGAAACGAUCCACCUGAAGGCAGGCCAGGCCAGGUCUGUUUACUUCCCCAUCAUACCCGCUGUCCUCGGUUCCGUGGACGUACUGGUCAAGGCACAGUCAUCAGUAGCCGCCGAUGCGGUUAAGAGACAACUGCUGGUUGAGGCUGAGGGUGUUCACCAUGAGUUUAAUAUCCCAGUCACGGUUGACUUGAAGAAUACGAACAUCUUCAGCAAGAAAGUGUCAAUCAACCUACCGGAAGGCGUCGUGACUGGGUCUGAGCACGCACGCGUCACCGCCAUUGGUGACCUUUUGGGUCCAACCAUCAGUAACCUGGAUAGCCUGUUAAAAAUGCCGUACGGGUGUGGAGAACAAAACAUGCUGAACUUUGCUCCGGACAUCUUCGUCAUGAAAUAUCUGACAGCUACUAACAACCUGUGGGGAGGAAUCAAACAGAAAGCCAUCGGGUUCCUGGAGAAAGGCUACCAGCGUGAGUUGACGUAUCAACACAAGGAUGGCUCAUUCAGUGCCUUUGGCGAUAAUGAUCCUUCCGGAAGUAUGUGGUUAACGGCGUUCGUUGUGAAAUCAUUUCACCAGGCAAAAUCCUUUAUUUUCAUUGAUGACGACACUAUCAAGCGAGCUGUUGAUUGGAUGAUAACGAGGCAGAACAGCGACGGGAGUUUCCCUGAUCCGGGGCGCGUCAUACACAAAAACAUGCAGGGAGGAUCGGCGUCCGGACCAGCUCUGACGUCAUUUGUCCUCAUUGCCUUGAUGGAAAACAACGACCUCGGGGACAGUACGGAGCAGAGAAUUCAGACAGCAGCCGUCAAGGCUCGUGGAUACCUAGAGGCGAAGCUGCCAACCAUGACCAAUGAAUACAGCUUGGCCAUUACAACAUAUGCUCUAGUUUUGGCCCAGAGUACCAUGGCGGGAACGGCUCUACACAAGCUCAACGCUCGCGCCAUCAACAAGGAUGGUACUCGCCAUUGGGAGGUUAGGGAAGAGAUUAAAAAGCCAUCCACAUCUCGCUGGACUCCGCCGAAUGACGCUAAAGCUCGUGACGUAGAAGUGACGUCAUACGGCCUGCUGACGUACGCUGAGAGAGACCAGCUGAAUGACGGGAUACAAAUCAUGAAGUGGAUCGUCUCCCAGAGAAAUCCGAGCGGCGGGUUCAAGUCCACUCAGGACACGGUACUCGCUCUCCAAGCACUAUCCGAGUUCGCUAAACUGAUAUACAGUCCCGAGUUCAAUAUUGAAGUAAACCUCCAGGCGGGCGAGCUCCAGAAGCACAUCACUGUGAACAAGGACAAUUCUGUUCUGCUCCAAACAAUAGAUCUACCCAAUGUACCAACAGUUGUUGAUGUCCAUGCUACUGGUCAUGGCAUGGCUCUAGUCGAGGUAUCUGUAUCGUUCAAUGUGGAAGCCGACCUCCGAACACCGUCCUUUGAAGUCCGGGCCCAGCUGUUGGAGGAGACGGUCAACCAUCUCACGGUCCAAACCUGCACAAGGUCUCUCGUCGCCACAACUGGCAUGGCUGUCCAGGAGAUCGGAAUCCCGAGUGGAUUCGAGGCGGAUGUCGAAAGUAUCAAGAAGGUUAAAGGCAUGAAGAGGGUAGAGACAGCGGACAGGAAAGUUAUCCUGUACUUUGACGAAUUCACCACCAGCCCUGUGUGCCUCUCUAUGACUGCCCAGAGGACAGGUCUAGUCGCCAAGUCCCAGCCAGUCCCUAUCCGGGUGUACGACUAUUACUCCCCUGAGGAUCAGGUGACUGUCUUCUACCAAUCACAGCUCCUCAAACGGGCCUCCGUUUGUGACGUUUGUGCCGAAUGCGGAUGUAAGACUAGAAAGUAAAGACGGUACCGGUAAAUAACUCAAGACCACGGGAUUCUUUUCAUUCUGAAUGUAAACACCAUUAGUAUAUCAAUGCAGCCUGCGCACAAAUUUCUUCUCUUUUUGCCACGGGCAAAAAUAAAUUUCUCGCAUUUAUAAAAAAA